AGGAGGAGGGAGCAGGAGAUGGAGGGAGGAGAGGAUGGUAGAUGGGGGGGGAGGGAAGGAGCUGAGCUAAGCUGAUCCCACGUGUGACGGAUCUGGCUGCUUCCCCGGCUCCUCUCUCCAGUAAUAUUCUCUGACAUGGAGGCAGAUGGGAGCCAAGCUACCUCUGGAAGCCCAAACGACUCCCAACACGACCCUGGUAAAAUGUUUAUUGGAGGCCUGAGCUGGCAAACCUCACCAGAUAGCCUUAGAGACUAUUUUAGCAAAUUUGGAGAAAUUAGAGAAUGUAUGGUCAUGAGGGACCCUACCACAAAACGUUCCAGAGGCUUCGGUUUCGUUACGUUUGCUGAUCCGGCAAGUGUAGAUAAAGUAUUAGCUCAGCCCCAUCAUGAAUUAGAUUCCAAGACGAUUGACCCUAAAGUUGCAUUUCCCCGACGAGCACAGCCUAAGAUGGUCACAAGAACAAAGAAAAUAUUUGUAGGUGGAUUAUCUGCUAAUACAGUAGUGGAAGAUGUAAAGCAAUACUUUGAACAGUUUGGCAAGGUAGAAGAUGCCAUGCUUAUGUUUGACAAGACUACCAACCGGCAUAGAGGAUUUGGCUUCGUAACUUUUGAAAAUGAAGACGUGGUGGAAAAAGUCUGUGAGAUUCAUUUUCAUGAAAUCAAUAAUAAAAUGGUAGAAUGUAAGAAAGCACAACCUAAAGAAGUGAUGUUUCCACCAGGGACAAGAGGAAGGGCACGAGGAUUACCAUAUACCAUGGACGCUUUUAUGCUAGGGAUGGGAAUGUUGGGUUACCCAAAUUUUGUUGCGACAUAUGGCAGAGGAUAUCCUGGAUUUGCCCCAAGUUACAGCUAUCAGUUCCCAGAAGCGCCCCUUUGCGUGCAUGGAGGUGGGGUUCUGAGCAUGGAAACAGGUUUUCCGGCAGCGGCCUAUGGACCAGUAGCAGCAGCAGCAGUGGCAGCAGCAAGAGGAUCAGGUAGGGGGGCCGGUGGAAGAGGCGGCUACAUGGCAUACCCUCAGAAUGCAGGGGAAGGGAUCCCCGAUUAUGGUUUCUAUUCUUCGCCCGGUGACCAACGGGCCCCGUUAUCGUACGCGGACUAUGGUUCCAUGGGGCCUCGAGUGGCUCAGAUGCUUCGUAGUGAGCACGCUGCUUCAGCGAGUAACUCCCCCCUCCACCACCACCUUCCCAGCCCGGAUCAGUUUAAGAGCCCAGUCUUGAAUAGCUACAGUGCUCAACCGAAUUUUGGCGCACCCGCUUCCCCGGCAGGCUCCAAUCCAGCCCGGCCAGGAGGAUUUCCAGGGGCUAACAGCCCAGGUCCAGUCGCAGACCUCUACGGUACAGCCAGUCAGGACUCUGGUGUUGGUAAUUACAUAAGUGCUGCCAGUCCUCAGCCAGGCUCUGGCUUUGGCCAUGGAAUCGCUGGACCUUUGAUUGCAACGGCUUUUACAAAUGGAUACCAUUGAAACGUUACACAUGGUUGGUUGCCAUCUCACUUUGAGAGUAUAUCUGGAUGUCCAGGCAAGACAGGGCGAAGUUUCUGAAUGGUCCCAUGUUCAGGUGAUAUCAUCAGACUUUGAGCACUACAUCAUCACCAAUAACAUAAAUAAACUGGAGGUGGCACUCUAUGGACUUAGGUUGUUUAAAAUCUCUCAUCAUCUCACGAAUCUGCUGUACUAUAAAAACAGCUUUUAAAAUAUGUGUAUAUAAUCCAUUUCUCUUUUGUUUUAUUUUCUUGAUGGGUUCCCCCCCUUAAAUCUAUUUGAAUCACAUUUUUUCAAGGCAUUUGACAUACUCUCAUAGUCAUGUAGUUCUAAUUUGUGUAUCUAGUAAAAGCCUAACCAUAGUGUAACUGUUUAUAUUAAGGGGUUUUCUUUUCUUUUUUCCUUCCUUUUCCUUUUGUUUUACGUAGUUGUUGCUUAAAGGAUGCUGAGAUGGUAACACGAGUCUCAGUCUUUUGGUACCAAUUCUGAAACUGUAAAAACUUUUCAGGUGGAAUUUUAGCACACACUGAAUUAGAAGUUGAGCAAGAGCAGCAGGUGGGCUGAAGUCAAGUUUCUAGUUUGCGUUGUAUGGGAGCUGAGAGGCUAGUUAAAUAGCAGGAUCUCUAGCCGUUCUUUUGAUUUGUGAUGUCUUUGUUAACCUAAUUAUAUCUAUUUUCGGCAAUAAGGUAAGGACUGCAAAAUUUUUUUGUGUCCUUUUUCUAUAAGUGCUUUUUUUGGUUGAAAGAGGUGAUAUAAGGUUUUUUGAAAUUGUGAAUUCUGGAAAAAACAAAAACAAAAAAAAACCCUGUAAAUACAAUUCCAUUAACUGCAUAUAAACUAUUAAGAAAGAGAAAUACAAAAUAUUUUUGUGAUGGAGUCAGUCUAAGGCAGUUUCUCUACUAAAUGGAAGAAAAAAAGUUUUAAACAUUUAGAUCAACUGCCAGAGCUGGCCCAUAAGAGUUAGAUUAACACUGUUUAGCUUGCUCUGUAGGUGUGUUAGACCUUAUAACUGUACUAGCGUCAUACCAGCAUAUUAACUAGUCAUAUGUGCACAGCUUGAAAGGUAACAGUUUAGUUAUAUUUUUUAAUUUAAGAACGGCUUUUUCCCAAGACUGAAAAAGAAGCUACAAUUUUAAUAUUUAAAGUAUUUAAAGUUUGAAGCACACCUUUAAUAAUCAUUAUUUUAAAUUAGAUCAACCUGCUGUCCAGUCAUUUCAGCUGCUCUGCAUGUCCUAUAAAGCUCUGACAGAGAAGAGAUUCCUCUUCAGUGUCUAACAUGCCAUAGGAGGAGCAGUGUUAAAGCUUGCAUUAUACCUUUUAUCCAUUAUUUUCUAUAUUAACAAAUUAGGAAAGCAAUCUUUUAAUGUUUGUUUGUUUGGAAUACCUCAGUGCUACAAGUAUCACCCUAGAAGCGACGGAAGAUUUUAAUUUAUUGUAGAUGUAAACAGAAUUAAAAAAAUAUAAAAAAAGUAUAAAACAUCAUUGCACUGUGACUGGUAGGGGGAAAAACUGACAGUUUCCUAUUUGCACAUGUUUAAUAUUUGGCUGUUAUAUAUAUGGUCCUCUGUUGGGGGAGGAAACUUAUGAAGGAUAUUUUUUAAUUUAAUUUUUUUUAAUAUUGGUAAAUAGGCCUGCAACAGCAAAAUAGAAGUACAACAUGGUAGGUGGCAUUAAGAACAUACUGUAGUAUGGAUAUAUUUCUUCUUUUUUUAACGUAAUAUUGACAAGUUUUAUUAAUAUUUUUUUAAAUUGUUACGUUUAUAAAUUUGGUACUUUAGGUACAGCCAGUAUAAGACACUGAAUGCGACAUUUGUUAAAAAGAGCUGCUGCACUCCUAUUUUUGUAAAUUUUACUAACAAGUAGACUAAUGUAGACAUUCAAUAGACCAGGUAGAGCAAAGCAUCUUUAAAAAAAACAAAGCAUCAUAAUGCUAUCUGAAUGGGGAAAAAAACCUUGUUUUUCUUGUUUUUUAAAAACGAAAUCAUGCUUUUUUUGUCUAAUAUUUUAGUUUUUUUGUUUUCUUAUUUCAGAACAACCAGGUUUAAGCAAAAUGCUGGACGCUUUUUAAAUAUUGAGACUUGAUCAAGUAAUAAAAUAACAGUUCUUUAAAAAAUAAAAAUAAUAAAAAAAACACAAACCAAAUUCCCUGAGAUCCAAUGUAUAAGUCAGGGAAUUUUUUAUUAAUAUUUUGUCAAUGUUGAUGAUGUACUGUACUACCAUUUGUUUUUCCUCUCCAUUGCCUACCACCUCAUAGAAUAUUCUUUGUUGAUCAUUGUUGUAUGUUAAUAGUGUAUAAAAUGGCUAUCUUGUAAGAGUGCUGUCCUGAUGCUAGUGUAGUGAAUUUCCCCCCCUCCUCUUUCUCUCUAGUACAUAUUGGUAGGUGUAUUGUAAUUAAGGUUAAAAAUUUAGAUGUAGUUAUUCAGAUUUAGGACCAGUAAGGAUAGAACUUUCUCUUAUUUAAGACAAAAAUGCUACUAAUUUUGGGCAGUUUCUUCCUUUUUUCCUGUCUUUUUAUUUUAUUUUUUGCUGAUCUGAUGUGGUUUCAACUAACCAAAGGUCUCACAAUGUUAAAAAUGCUGGCGAACUCCUAAAGCAUUUUGUAGAUCCCCACCCUUGACUUUAAAAAGGGGAUGUGCCAUACUACCUUAAAUGCUAAUGCUAGAUAUGCAAAACUGGAUUUUUUUAAUUUAUUUUUUAAAAGAGGGAGGCAUGGUAUAUUAAAAUGAUUUUACUAAGAGAAAAAAUAUUUUUUUAAGAAUGCUCAGAAGAAAUUGAUAAUCUGUGUGAAUAUGUUUUAGAUGUUUAUAUACCUUUUGAAAAGUCCCAGUGGCCCAUAGCACAAAUAUUGUGGAACCUGAUAUGUUUUUGAUGUGGCUACCUAGACUAAGGUUCACUUUAGUCCCCUGCUCAUUUAGAAGUCCAUUUCGAAGGAUUUUCUUUGUAAAUUAUUUUAGCACAAAGGUUCAGCUACAUCUUUAUUUUAGUCAAGAACAGUGGCGAAUGCACUGAUACAACUGAUCUUGCCCAUUUAGAACUGUUACCCUGGGAGUUAUCAGAGAGAGACUCCUGCCUAGUUGUGCAAAUGGGCAACAAAAAAUAGCUCCUACUCCCCCCUGAAGUCCACUAUUAACACAGAGACGGGUUUUCCUGUCCCUGUCCAGAGUGGGAUAUGCCCUACCCAUUUCUGGGAGACCUGCAUUAUGAUACAAAGUGCUGAUACAGUGGGACAACUUUUGUUACUAAACACAAUGUCAAUUUUGGAGGGAUUGCUGUAGCAAGGAAAAUUGAGUUAACGAGGGUAACUACCCUCCUCCCCCACCCCAAAAAAUAAUAUUCAUUUGUGAUUGACUUGAUUAAAAUGAAGACCGAUCUAUCUGUCCUUUUCGUUUUCUAUACUUCAUAAUGUUCAUUUGAAUUUGAAUUUGUAGCUUGGACUUUAAGGUAGCAUGGCUCUGUUGCUGUAAUUUUUUUCUUCAUUGUACAGCAGUAUACAGCUGGUGAAUGUUACACAUCUUGCUAGA